CACAUCCCUUCUGUUUUUCCAAAUUCCAACAGUUGCUACUGCAUUUUCUUCUGUCUAUCAUGUUUCUGAGUCCCCAAAACUCGAUCCUGGCAUCCGCCAUACCCCAAGAUGAUGUCAGUGAUUCCAGAUUGCCGGUAAACCGCCACAAGCGAAGGUGGCGGAUGGCCUACACUGCCAUAUACUUCAUGAGGGCUCUUCUAGCUUUGUCCAAGAAAGCUCUUGACUCCAAGAAAGGUCUUCUGCGGUCUCCUUCUUACAUUGUCAUCGAUGUUCCUGAAGGUAGCCAGAACGAGCAUCCUCAUCGCGAGCCUGUUUUCAACGUAGAACAGAGGACUCUCACCGAGAUGGUGAAAGAGAAAAGCUUUGAAUUGUUGACAGAACUCGGUGGAGUCAAACAAGUCGCUACCCUUCUUAACAGCAAUGUCAAUAAUGGUAUUAAAGGUAGUGGGGCUGAGGUUAUGCACAGAACUGAAGUAUUUGGGGCUAAUAAGUUCCAGAAACAACCUGCAAAAAGCUUUCCUAGCCUUGUUCUUGAAGCGUUUAAAGAUACUACCAUUAUAAUCCUUCUAGUCUGUGCUAUCCUCGCCCUGGCCUUUGGCAUCAAACAGCAUGGUCCCAAAGAAGGGUGGUAUGGUGGUGGAAGCAUCAGUCUCGCAGUGGUUUUGGUGGUGGUCUUCUCUGCUGUCAGUAAGUACAACCAAAACAAACAGUUUGAGAAGCUUUCUGAAGAGAGCAGUGAUAUUCGAGUGCAAGUUGUACGAGGUGGAAGGCACCAAUCUAUAUCGAUCCUUGAUGUUGUGGUGGGCGACAUUGUGUCUUUGAAGAUCGGUGAUCAGAUUCCUGCAGAUGGGUUGUUUGUUGCCGGUCAUUCCUUGAAGAUUGAUGAGGCAAGCAUGACGGCAGAAAGUGAUCAUGUUGAGGUUAGAGAGAUAAAAUAUCCCUUCUUGCUUGCUGGCACAAAGGUCACCGAUGGUUUUGGAUACAUGCUUGUAACUUCUGUUGGUGUGAAUACAGCAUGGGGGGAGAUGAUGAGCUCCAUACAGCGUGACUUGGAUGAGCAAAGACCACUUAAAAUCUGUCUCAACAAGCUGACUUCUUAUGUUGGAAGGAUUAGGUUGUCUGUGGCAGUAGUUGUUCUCUUGAUUUUGCUAGUUCGUUACUUCACCGGACACACUAAAGAUGCAACCGGGAAGAUUGAAUACAAUGGGAGUAACACCAAGCUUGAUGCUGUGAUGAAUUCAGUCCUGGGAAUUAUAGCUGCUGCAGUUACCAUUGUGGUAGUGGCAAUUCCAGAAGGGUUACCUUUGGCUGUCACUUUAACUCUGGCCUGUUACAUGAAGCGUAUGGUGAAGGAUAAUGCCACGGUUUCUAACACUGAGACUAAAGCUCAAGCGACUGUUGGAAUUGUGAAUCAGUGCAGCAAUGGCGGACUCUAUCUGGACUCCAAUGUGUUCGAUCAGAUUGACACUAAUGGAAACAGCUUCGCUCAGGGGAGCUGUUAACUCAUGAGAUCAAGUCUAUUAAAGUAGGGUGGUGGCAGUUACAAUUAAUUCAUUUUGCUUAUUUGUGUAGCAGUUUAUCUUUUUUGUAGUUUGUAACCUUUUUUUGUUUCAGCAAUUGUUAUGUAUUGAGUUUCUUUUCGUUAGAAACUGGUUAUGUAUGUAUGAUGUUGUUUUUACUGAUAUAUCAUAACACAAUUCAUGUAGUUCAUCUGUGUUUAUAUAUUUCAUCAUUUCUCAAGUUUAAUCUUUGAAUGUUUAUUUUUUGCUCAUUUUCACCCGCGUUUUCAUUUUUACAUCAUUAGGAACCUUAUUCUGGACUGUCAGUUUGUGAACUGUGGUGACUGAAGCAACAUCGCUGUGUUCUUAAGCCCAUUAUUAUACCCUUAGAAUAAAGUUUUUGUUUUUUAACUGGAGAGAGUUGGAGGAAACAAAUGAUAAUUUGGAGGAUGGAAGCAAUGAAUUGAUUCUCACUGAUGAGGAAGUGGUACGGCUCCAUAUAUAUAGGUGAAGGCUUUGCUCAUGUACCAAAGGAAGAAGUGGAAACCAGGAUAGAAGAGAUGAAAGAAAAGUGACUACAAAGAGCUUGCAAAAAUUGGAGGAAGAGAAAGAAUCUGUGCUGGCACAAAUGGCUGAAUUGAAGAAAAUUUUAUAUGGGAAAUUCAAGGACUCCAUCAAUCUAGAAGAGGAUUAACUGAACUGAAUAGUUUUUCCCCGGUAGUUCAGUUGCUCUAUUCCUGUAACUGAAAUACUUGCCAACUCAGAUUGUUGUUUUUUGUUGUCAAGCUUGUUUCUCAUUUUAUUUCAAGUUUCGGGAAAAUAGACUUUUAGCUUUGCCUCGAUAUCGUAGAACUAGACAGUUAGAUACCUGGAUCUGGAUCAGAUGAAUGAAAAUUGUUUGUUAUGUGUUGAAUGUGCCAACAUUUUGACAGCUUUAUUGCUUAAGUGCUUUCCUAAGAAGAUAACGUUGCACGUUUUGGCCCUCCAAGGUAUUGAGAUGAGGUUGCGAGUUUGGAGGAAUUCGCUGCUUGAUUCUGUAACUUUGCAGUCAUAUAAGAAGCUUAUAUAAUAGGCUAGAGCCAGAGGGAAUGUAAUUGUUAGUGAUCAAUCUGCAGAAUUAAUUGCAUAAUAGCUU